AUGAUGCAAACUAGGUUUCUUCAGCCAUCAUCAUGGCCAUUCCAUAACAUCAUCAACACAACCCUUGAUCAAACUGGAUUUUAUGGUCUUAACAUGGAUACCCUAGUAGUUGAUGACCAUGAAUUCUCUUCCUUAUUCACAAACACUGAGGACUCCUCUGAGAUCUCCUCCGACCCAAAUUUUCAAACCACCUUCUCCUCCGAUGAGUAUGUUCAAUUGCCAAUUUUGGAUGAUGAUGAGAUGCAGGUGAUCACGUAUCCCGGGGAGAAUUUUUGCCAUGAUAUGGCUGAUUUUGAGCCUAUUUCAAGUGGUGCAAUUGAGGAUUUGGGCAUAUGGUUGGAUGAAAGAGAUGGUGAUGAGGGAUAUAUUCCACCAGAGCUGUCUAAUGAAUUAGAUUUAUGGUCCCCUUGUCUCUCUGUGAAAUCUAGUGAGGCUUCCGUGGUGCUACCAUCACUAAUAUUACCAAGGGAUGAAAUGGAAAUUGAUAUCCAGUUGGGCCUUCAUCACCUACUAAAGGCUUAUGGAGAAGCCAUGGAGAUGGGGCAGAGAGAACUUGUUAAGGUGCUCGUGAGAAGCAUAAAGGAGAAAGCUAAUCCGAUUGGGGAAGCGCUUCAACGCGUCACAUUCAACUUCUUCCAAUCCACAGAAAAUCAAGGUGACUACCUGAAACAGGAGUCAAUUAAGAACUUUGAAGCAGCUUUCAAGGCCUUUUACCAGAUGUUCCCAUAUGGGAGGUUUGCUCACUUUGCAGCCAACUCUGCUAUCCUUGAAGCUAUUCCAGAUGAUGCAGAGGUGAUACACAUAGUAGACUUUGACAUUGGAGAGGGGGUUCAAUAUCCUCCCAUGAUUGAGGCCAUAGUGCAGAAGCAAAAGACUUUAAGAUUAACAUCAAUAAAAUCAGAAAACGUUUCCAAUUUUGCGCGGUGGAAGUUUGAAGAUACAAAGAAGCGACUCUUUGAUCAUGCCAGACCAUUUGGUCUGAAAUUGCAAGUGGAAGAGACGAGUAUGAAGGAUUUAGUGAGUGAGAUAAAGGGAUCGAAGGGUGGAGAGAGAGAAUGGUUGGCCUUCAAUUGCAUGGUUGGGCUUCCACACAUGGGGAGGAGGCGUAGUAUGAGUCAUGUCAUGGAGUUUCUGAAGAUAUCCAAGGAACUCUUAGCCUAUUCUGCAACCAGUAAAGGAGUUGUAACUUUUGGUGAUGGAGAAGCUGAGGAAAGACAGAGAAAUUGCUCUGAAUAUGGUUCGUUCUUCGACGGGCAUCUGAGGCACUACCAAGCUUUAAGUGAAUCAAUGGAGUGGAAUUUCCCAGAUUAUCUUACAGAAGCAAGGAUAGCCAUGGAGAGUCUCUUUGUGGCACCUUAUGUCUGCUCUUCUUCUUGGUUCCACAAGUGGGAGGAGACUAGAGAAGGUUUUGAUCUUCAGGAUGGGGCUGGAUUGCAGGGUUGGAGGCUGAACAAAGAAAUGUUAACUGAAGCCAGAGAAAUUGUGAAGAAAGGAGAGAGUUCAUAUGAAAUCAGGAUUGAAGAACAAAUUGAGAAUGAGAUGGUCUUGACAUGGAAAGGAACUCCCUUGGUGAGAGUUUCAACAUGGAUGUAG